AUGAAGUGGACAACCCAGAAACUAUGGGACGUCCUUUAUUAUAUCACAGACACCCUCGCCGACUCUCUAUACCCCAGCGCUUCACCAGAAGACCUUUUCAAUGAACCCAUCACUCAACCUACCGCAGCUGAUAUAUGGACCUUAGGUAUCAACUUGUAUGAGGUCUUGGGUGAGCGUCCACUCUUCGAAACAUUUUCCUGGGAUCGAGAUAAUAUUUUCCCCGAGAUUACCAAAACACUGGGGCAACCACCUGCGCGUUGGUUGGACUCUCGGGAUAAAUGCUCCGAAUUCUUUAAAGAGGAUAGGUCAUGGGUUGCUGACUUCCGCCGUAUCAGUGUCUUCCGGCGUCUGCGUCAGCGCCUCUGGGAAAUUGGCCGUGGCGAGACAGAACAGACGUGUGAAUGGGAUGUUGCCGGUGGUGAACUAAAUACGCUGGAGGAUCUGCUCAGAGCUAUGGUGGCAUUUGAACCCGGGGAUCGAUCUACAGCCAAGACACUCCUAAUUAUAAUACGUGACAUACGGUAUUUUAUGAAUGGCUGGGCCCUGUGGGGCGGCUGA